CUUGAGUAGGACAUGAUGGUCAUUAUUUGAAUUGUCUAUCUUCAUUCAAAGGAACAAACUUUCAAGAGUAACAGCUCUACCCGGACCCAACUGCGUUGAGUGUUGCCCACCCUCCUCCUCCUCCUCCUUGCCUCCCUACUUGUACUAAUCCUCCUCCUCUAAAGUUUCAAACUUCAAAUAAUUAACUCAAAAAUUAGAUCAAAUACAAAGUCGGGUUUUUUUUUUAUGGGGGGAUAAUAACCAAGAAAUACUGAAAGAGAACAGCUUUUAGCUAAAUUUUCAGCUCAAUCCUGCAUCUUUUUCUUCUGGGAAGCUCCGAAAUGUCUGGGUACGUCGGCAUUCUAGUCUCAGAUCCAUGGCUGCAGAACCAGUUCACCCAAGUGGAGCUCCGGAGCUUGAAAUCCCAUUUUGUGAGCAUGAAGAGAGAGAGUGGAAAGCUCACAGUUGGAGACUUGCCUGCCAAUAUGUCGAGGCUCAAGGUUGUGGGAUCGGAUAAUUUCACUGACGAAGACAGGGCUUCUUUCAUUCAAGAUUUGCAUCCCAACCUCGAUGAAGAUGUCGAUUUCGAAUUCUUCCUCCGGGUCUAUUUGCAACUCCAAGCUCGUGCCACAGCUACAACAGGAAGUGGUGGAAAGAAUAACUCCUCAUCUGCCUUUCUCAAGGCCGCUACCACCACUUUGCUCCACACGAUCAGCGAAUCCGAGAAGGCUUCCUAUGUUGCACAUAUCAACAAUUACCUUGGACAGGACGAUUUUUUAAAGAGAUACCUGCCUAUUGAUCCUUCAACCAAUGAUUUAUUCGAGAUCGUCAAAGAUGGAGUACUUUUAUGUAAGCUGAUCAAUGUGGCAGUGCCUGGAACAAUCGAUGAACGAGCUAUCAACACUAAACGAAUACUUAAUCCGUGGGAGAGAAAUGAAAAUCACACCCUGUGCCUCAACUCUGCUAAGGCAGUUGGAUGUACUGUAGUCAAUAUAGGGACUCAGGAUUUCAUUGAAGGAAGGCGUCAUCUUGUCCUUGGAGUCAUUUCUCAGAUAAUCAAGAUACAACUAUUGGCAGACCUCAACUUGAAGAAAACACCUCAAUUGGUGGAGUUGGUUGACGAUAACAAGGAUGUGGAAGAGUUGAUGAGUCUACCUCCAGAAAAGAUAUUACUGAGGUGGAUGAAUUUCCAAUUGAAGAAAGCAGGAUAUAAAAAGAUAGUCACAAACUUCUCUUCUGAUGUGAAGGAUGCUGAGGCUUAUGCUCACCUCUUAAACGUUCUUGCCCCAGAGCACAGUAAACCAUCUGCAUUGGAUGCAAAGAAUCCUUUGGAAAGAGCAAAGUUAGUUCUUGAACAUGCAGAUAGGAUGGGUUGUAAGAGAUAUUUGACCGCAAAAGAUAUUGUUGAAGGAUCCCCGAAUCUUAACCUUGCAUUUGUCGCACAUAUUUUCCAGCACAGAAAUGGACUCUCAACCCAAACAAAGCAAAUAUCAUUCCUCGACAAUUUGGAAGAUGACACCCAAAUUUCCAGAGAAGAGAGGGCAUUUCGCUUCUGGAUGAAUAGUCUUGGAAAUUCAUCAUAUAUCAAUAAUGUAUUUGAAGACCUCAGAAACGGGUGGGCACUUCUAGAAUCGCUGGACAAGAUUUCGCCAGGCAUUGUCAAUUGGAAGAUUGCAAACAAGCCACCAAUUAAAAUGCCAUUCAGAAAAGUAGAAAACUGCAACCAAGUUGUAAAAAUCGGGAAACAGUUGAAGUUUUCUUUGGUAAAUAUUGCUGGAAAUGAUAUCGUGCAGGGGAAUAAAAAGUUAAUACUUGCUUAUUUGUGGCAAUUGAUGCGGUAUAACAUCCUCCAACUACUAAAGAACUUGAGAUUUCAUUCCCACGGGAAGGAAAUCGCUGAUGCUGAUAUUCUAGAAUGGGCGAACACCAAAGUCAGCAGCACGGGAAGCCAGAGCUGCAUGAAAAGUUUUAAGGAUAAGAGUCUUUCAGAUGGCCUUUUUUUCCUUGAGUUGCUUAGCUCUGUGCAGCCUAGAGUGGUGAACUGGAGUCUCGUAACAAAAGGAGUAACCGAUGAGGAGAAGAAGAUGAAUGCCACCUACAUUAUAAGUAUUGCAAGAAAGCUUGGAUGUUCGAUAUUUUUGCUUCCCGAAGACAUAACUGAGGUGAAUCAAAAGAUGAUUCUUACUUUGACUGCAAGCAUUAUGUACUGGUUUUUGAAACAACCCAUCGAAGAUCAACCGUCUGGGAUUUCAGAUAGUGAGGGUUCCAGCAUUGUCUCCAGUUCAACUACUGAUGACUCUGCUUCUGAGUCAUCAAUGGAGGAGAAUGGAAAUCUAUAAACACAAUUAUUACUGGGAAAAAUUUACCAAACUUUCUAUUUAAAGCUCAUGAGUUUUUAUUUUUUGGUAAAGUUGAUUGCAAAAAUGAUUGCAAUAACCAGUAUAUGUAAGAGUAGGAAUUGAAGUGUUUUUUCAAACCAAAUUUUGUUCAGGCAGCAUAUGUGAAUACAAGGAUCUUUUAAUCCAGUUUCAUCAAA